CACACAAACUAAAGUCAGCCCAAUGCGUUAAUCACUGCGCUCACAGAGAGAUAUCGCCUUCGGUUUCCUCUCACUUCUGAGCUCAAACAUUUCAUCAAGUUGCCGGUCGGGUAUCGUUCCAGACAGCCAGAGCCAUGGCAGGGGACGGGUCCGACCAGCGGGCGCUGCAGUAUGAACAAACUCUGAUGUAUGGGCGCUACACCCAGGAGCUUGGGGUGUACGCCAAAGAGGAGGCCGCUCGGCUGAGGGAGAGCGGGCAGAGGCGAUCGGUCACCGAGCGGAGCCGGGCUCUGGACCUGCUAGAGUACGACAAGGGACGCUGUGCCAAGUGUCGCAUCUGCACGGUUCGCUGUCAGAAGUUCCUGAUCUCGCGGGUCGGGGAGGACUGGAUCUUCCUCAUCCUGCUGGGACUCCUCAUGGCUCUGGUCAGCUGGGUGGUGGACUUCUGCAUCGCCAUCUGCCUACAAGCACAGAAGUGGAUGUACGGUGGCCUGGACAGUAACGUGUUCCUGCAGUAUCUGGCCUGGGUCACCUACCCUGUGGUCCUCAUCACCUUCUCUGCAGGCUUCACCCAGAUCCUCGCCCCGCAGGCUGUUGGUUCAGGCAUUCCAGAGAUGAAGACCAUCCUGCGAGGAGUGGUGCUGAAGGAAUACCUCACCUUCAAAACGUUCGUGGCCAAAGUCAUCGGCCUCACCUGCGCUCUGGGCAGCGGCAUGCCGCUGGGCAAGGAGGGUCCGUUCGUGCACAUUGCCAGUUUGUGUGCCGCCCUCCUCAGCAAGUUCAUGUCUCUGUUUGGAGGAAUCUAUGAGAAUGAGUCGAGGAACAUUGAGAUGCUGGCAGCAGCCUGUGCUGUGGGAGUGGGCUGCUGUUUUGCUGCCCCCAUAGGAGGUGUGUUGUUCAGUAUUGAAGUAACAUCCACAUUCUUCGCGGUGAGGAACUAUUGGAGAGGUUUCUUUGCUGCUACCUUCAGUGCCUUCAUCUUCAGAGUACUCGCUGUUUGGAACAGAGAUGAAGAGACCAUCACAGCCCUCUUUAAAACCCGUUUCCGGCUAGAUUUCCCCUUUGACCUCCAGGAGCUUCCGGCCUUUGCCGUCAUUGGUAUUGCCAGUGGUUUCGGUGGGGCUUUGUUUGUCUACCUGAACCGUCUGAUUGUCCAGUUCAUCAGGAAACAGAAGGCCAUCAACAGAUUCCUCAUGAAAAAGCGUCUGCUGUACCCAGCGCUGGUUACUCUGCUUGUUUCCACUCUAACAUUUCCCCCUGGCUUUGGACAGUUUAUGGCUGGCAAGCUGACCCAGAAGGAGUCUCUGGUGACACUACUAGACAACCGGACAUGGGCCAAGCAGGGCAUCGCUGAGGAGUUUGACUACAUCGGACAUUCCACGGCCUGGAAACACCCACAGGUCAACGUCUUCGUCACGCUGGUCCUCUUCAUCGUCAUGAAGUUCUGGAUGUCUGCCCUGGCCACCACCAUCCCAGUCCCCUGCGGAGCCUUCAUGCCAGUAUUUGUGAUUGGGGCAGCGUUUGGUCGUCUGGUUGGAGAGAGCAUGGCAGCCUGGUUCCCAGAUGGCAUUAACACAGAUGGCACCAUCUACCCCAUAGUGCCAGGAGGCUACGCUGUCGUGGGUGCUGCUGCCUUGUCAGGAGCGGUCACCCACACGGUUUCCACCGCAGUCAUCGUGUUCGAGCUGACGGGACAGAUCUCCCACAUCCUGCCGGUGAUGAUAGCGGUGAUCCUGGCCAACGCCGUGGCUCAGUCCCUCCAGCCCUCCCUCUACGACUCCAUCAUCAGGAUCAAGAAGCUGCCCUACCUCCCGGAGCUGGGCUGGGGACACCACGAGAAGUAUAAUAUUCGUGUGGAGGACAUCAUGGUGAGGGACGUGCGCUACAUCACGCUCAACUGCUGCUACAGAGACCUGCAUAACGUCCUGCUGACAGGCCACCUCAAGACUCUGGCUCUGGUGGAAUCAGCCGAGUCCAUGAUCCUGUUGGGCUCCAUCGAGCGUGCCCAGCUCCAGUCGCUGCUCUCGCAGCAGCUUGGGCGUGCUCGGAGGUUAGAGUACAUCAGGGAGCGGACCAUCGCGGAGAAGAAGCGCCUUUCCGUCGUGUCAAACCCUAUCAGCGAGGACGGCAACCAGCGGGCCAGUCAGGAAGUCCGCUUCCAGAUCUCUACUGAGGAGUCAUCCUUCAGUCCUACUCGUCCAACUCCUCAGAAGCCCCUUAAACCUGCUCUGAAGAGACCCUCUGUGGUGGAGCGACCCACUGAGAUCCCCACCAGCCCACAAGAUAAUUCGGGCAUUGCUUUGAAGAACCUGUUUUGUGCCAGUCCAGACACAGAAGGCAUGGAGAAAAACAACAACUUGGAGAGCCCAGCGUCUCCUGAACACAGGAGGCCGUCCAAACGAGUCCGGAUAUCCGUCGUGGAUGAUGGAGAUGUGGAGGAUGACAUGACCAUCAGAGAGAUUGCAGAGUGGGAAGAGAAUCAGCUUGAUGAGCAGGUCAACUUCAACAACUGCAAGAUCGACCCGGCCCCGUUCCAGCUGGUGGAGCGCACGUCGCUGCAUAAGACUCACACCAUCUUCUCCCUGCUGGGCCUCGACCACGCCUACGUCACCAGCAUCGGACGCCUCAUCGGGGUGGUGUCCCUGAAAGAGCUUCGCAAGGCCAUCGAGGGCUCUGUGACAGUCAAAGGUGUGAAGGUGCGUCCUCCUCUUGCCAGUUUCCGGGACAGCGGCACCAGCAGCAGCGAGAACGAAGCCACCGAGCUCCACAAGCUGUGGGACCGCCACAAGAGCAUGUCGCUGCCCCGCGAGCACACCCCCUCCGAGUCUGACGAAAAGUCCCAGUGAGGGAAAGUGGAAGAAGAAGAGGAGGAGGAUGAUGAGGAGGAGGAAGCAUCGAGGUUUUAAAUCCCCCCCCAAAGCCACAAACAUGCAAAAAUCCUCAGGGCUUAGGAUCAAUAUUUAAUUCUGGAAUGAGUUCUUCUGCUUACACCAGUCCUCCUCGUCUCUCUCCUCCUCUCUCUCCUCAUCACUCUCCUCUCCACCUCCGACACUCCUUCGCUUCAACCGGACCACCCAGUGCUUUCUGUAGGAGCCUCGCACUGACAAAGCCAGACACUCCACCGGGGGGGAGUGGAACACAACUUCAACCUUGUGCCCUGCUCUCCAUUUACCCUCGGGAACCCACAGCAAAGAGAAUGUGGAUUUGGGGGGUGGGGGGGUGGGGAAAAAAAAAAAAAGAGAGACAUGGUCAUGGUCAACAUGGUAAUCAAGGGACUGGGAUGAAAUCUUAAAAAAAAAAAGGGAUUUUUUGUUUUUUGGGGGUUUUUUUUAGAAGACUUUGUUUAGCUUGUGUAUCUUUAGAGUUAAAGUCUGAACUGACAGGACCUACAAAAGUUUAUCUUUUGAAUGAGUCUUCCACUUGAGUCGAGAAAUUCAGCAGCAACGACAAGGAAGAAUAAUGUAUGCGUGUGUGCUGCGAGUGUGAGUGUAUGAAAUGAGAAAACGUAGGUGUGUGCAUGGAUUCGGAAGAGAGGAAGGUAGCAAACGACUAUUUUUUUUUAACGCCUUUUAAGCACAUUUCAAUCUUUUAUUUCCUGCUUGAAUAAUUUUAUUGCCAAGUGAUCGGGUCGUCUGGAUUAACUGGAUUUCGCUUUGGCGCCAUUUCUUUGUAAAUUAUACCACAGUUUGUCCCAUUGACAAAGCGUUGGACUCAGAUGGGGGAGAAAUGCCUUAGUUUUCUGUAUUCUCGUGUUUCCAUUCCUUCUCUUUUUCUUUGUAUUCUCAUUUCAUCACUGCAAGUCUUAAUGGUCAGGUUGAGAGUACAGACUAUGCAAGCAGACAUACCUGUUGGCAGCGGCGGAAGCACCUGUAGCCCUUUUUUCAUAAUGUACACUCCUUUCAUACGGUAGCUACGACCUUACAUACACACACACACACUCACAGGAGACGCAUAGAAACACACACCAACGACGGCCGGCGAUGCACUCCCGAGAGUCGAGGUUUUUCCGCUUAUCUAAAUAUAGCUCUUAAUAACCGUUCCAGAGAGAAGGUUGGGGCGGAUGGAGAGGGCAGGAAACGGAGGGAGGGGAGGAAGAACGAGGAGUAAAUGGAUGGCUGAAAGAAUGAAGACAUCAUUACCUAACCAGCUGCUCUGGGCCCUCUCAUCAAUCUGCCUUUGAUCGCCAUGUUAGCUAACCUCCAUUACUAUCAGAGACGCAGUGGCCCCCACCCCAAACCAACACCACCACCACCACCACCACCAGCAGCAGCUAUGUGACGUAACAGUCCAGGGCUGUGGUAGACGCUGCUGUCAACAUAUACAGCACUAGAUGAUAGAAUGUGAGUAGAAUCAUUGAUUAUUGGAGGUGAAGAGCCUGAUUGAACUGAACAAGUGUAAAAAUCCACAAUAGUUAGUAGUCUAAGACCAGGUUUACCACUCUAAACCCAAAUGAUUACAAUGCUAAAUAUUGCUCCUGCUACUACCCAGCAUAGUUGACUGAUUUAAACUUGAACUGGGGCCAUUAAUGUUUUAUUGGCAAGGUGGUUACUGAGUCAGCAAUCAGUGUGACAUGACAUAUAACGUAUAAGUACUGUGUAUUUAAUCAUUCAUGUCCGCCAUGAUGCUUGAUGAUAGUCAAGAUAGUGCGCGCUCAGCUCAUUGACAUAAAAACAUGUUGCCUCUCCUUCACUUUGGCUUCCUCUUUACACUCCUGUGGGCUUCUUAUCUGAAAUACAUCCUUUUAAAGGUGCAGUAUAGGAGAUUCAGCGCCACUAGAUGUUGAACUAGCACCAGUAUUUCAGACCAAAACAAGCAUGCGCGUUGUUAAAAGGGCUGCGUAUCAUUUAUAAAAUGACGAUACCAGUACCGAUCCAAUUACCCCUUAAAGUGAUACCGAUACCAAUUGAGUACUUCAUUAGAUAUCCGUUACACAUUUAGUGCUCUGUAUUUUAUCCGGUGUAACAGGUGUGUAGUGUAGACACACUUUAGAGCGUUUAGGUGGCAUCUUGGCUGCUGAACUGCUAAACGCGCUAACUCAUGACGGGUUGUAGCUACUGCGGCAGUGGGCCUAUCACAUGUCGCAUUAAACGAAGACGAUUGCGUUGAUUGGCUACGAGGAAGUUGUACAAAUAGUCAUAUUUGGAUUGCAGGUAUCAUUUGACCAGAGACGUUUCGAUAAUACUUAGUAUGUAGUUAUUUCGGUCAGUACUUUAAAGGUAUGGAGUACCUAGUCGUUAGCAGGAGAAAGACGCCUCCGAACAGAAAGCUCCCAAGACUCAGAUCAAACUGUCGAACUAGGCAGUGCUGAUCCAGUAUGGACAAAGAAUGUGUUGCUGCAUUGACUAUUUCUCACCUUGGACAUUUUUUAAAGUGUACUGUUUAGUUGUUAUUUAAGUUUUUAACGCGGCCACCAUGUUGGGAAUGGACACAAAGGUACUCACAUGCACUAACAUGCACACAUGACCAGACUGGCUAUCAAAACAAAGAACAGAGAAGCUCAGAUAACAACACACUUCAGAGGGAGUGUGACUUUAUUCUCUGCUCAGGACGCCAUGACCCCACUAUGUCUUUACAUAGCAAAUAGAUGUUUGCUGACAUAUAGUGGGCCUGAAUGUCAUUUAUUGUAACUUUAAAACACUCUUUUUUUUUUUUUUUUUUUAAUAUAGUUUUUGUUUUAUUUUUUUAGCAUGGAAACGACGCCCACUACCACUUGCAGAAUUGUUCUACUAUUUGAAUGCCUUAAAUACACACUCCACUGUCCUUUCUACAUUCGAUACGUUGCAUGGAUUUUAUUUUCGGUGUCUUGUCUCAGUAGUCGUCGCUGAAAGUAGAACACACACACACACAGUAAGCAGCAUGGCUUUG